AAUGGCUGACGAAUAGAGAGAGACUGUUAUGUGGUUGAUUCUUAUUACAGCCAAUGGCCUGAGCGCUGGUGACAGUGUGUCCGCGCAACGCCGCUAGAGAAGACUGGGCUGGACAGGGAGCACUGCACGGGGGAAGCACCGACGACAUAGGCGCAUUCUGGAGAAACCUGCACAGUGCCAUGCAAGUGGGAACGGGUUGAUGGAAUAACAAAGAAUGGACAAUUUGCAUUUGCCGUAGCCAGUGGAUUUGAAAAGUGGGAAUUAUUCACACACGCACACUCGCUGACAGAGAGCGAGGCCAUGUACACACGCGCAGCCGCUUUGUGAUCACCGGUCGUCGCUGCGUGUGUUUUCGGUUUCUCCCCUCCUGUGGGCAUGGACUGACCGACCCUCUCCCUCUCUUUCUUGGGUGAUUUGAUGGGGCUGCUCAGAGUCAUGAUGCCGCCUAAAUUGCAGCUGUUGGCACUGCUGGCGUUCGCAGUGGCCAUGUUCUUCUUGGAGAACCAAAUCCAAAAGCUGGAGGAGUCCCGGGGAAAACUCGAGCGGGCCAUUGCUAGACACGAGGUACGGGAGAUCGAGCAGCGGCACACCCAGGAUGGCCUGCGGGAGCGGGACACAUCGUGGGCGGCGUCUGCGCCGGAGAGUGACGAUGACGUGGUCAUCAUUUAUAACCGCGUGCCCAAGACUGCCAGCACCUCCUUCACCAACAUCGCCUACGACCUGUGCGGGAGGAACCACUACCACGUACUGCACAUCAACACCACCAAGAACAACCCGGUCAUGUCCAUACAGGACCAGGUACGGUUUGUGAAGAAUGUGACUGAAUGGAGGGAGAUGAAGCCAGCCUUCUACCAUGGACAUGUCUCCUUCCUGGACUUCACCAAGUUCGGCGUGAAGAGGAAACCUAUCUACAUCAACGUGAUCAGAGACCCCAUUGAAAGACUGGUGUCAUAUUAUUACUUUUUGCGUUUUGGAGACGACUACCGACCGGGUUUGCGACGGAGGAAACAAGGGGACAAGAAGACGUUUGAUGAAUGCGUAUCAGCCGGGGGCUCCGACUGCGCCCCCGAAAAGCUCUGGCUCCAGAUUCCCUUCUUCUGUGGUCACUACUCGGAAUGCUGGAAUGUGGGUAGCCAGUGGGCUCUGGAGCAGGCUAAAUACAACCUGGUGAACGAGUACAUGCUGGUCGGCGUGACGGAGGAGCUGGAGGACUUUGUCAUGAUGCUGGAGGCGGCGCUGCCACGUUUCUUCAAAGGAGCCACCGAGCUGUACAAAACAGGAAAGAAAUCCCAUCUGAGGAAGACCAGCGAGAAGAAGCCGCCCACCAGGGAGUCGACGGCCAAACUGCAGCAGUCGGGCAUCUGGAAGAUGGAGAAUGAGUUCUACGAGUUCGCACUGGAGCAGUUCCAGUUUGUCAGGGCGCAUGCCGUGCGGGAAAAGGACGGGGAGCUCUACAUGCUGGCGCAAAACUUCUUCUAUGAGAAGAUCUACCCCAAAAACUAACAAGGAACAUGUGCUGAAAGAGGUUUGAGGUGGGAUGAAGAGGACACAAGGCCUAGAUGUGGUGAAGGAGCAUAAGAACCAUUUUCUUCCGACGCUGCGAUAAGAGUACUGACAGUUCACGCCUGGAGGAAGUGUUCCGUCCGUCCCGCCCGUUGAAGGUCAGCAGCUUCCGGGCCCUUUCACUUCCAUGUGAAAGGUCAACCGAGGGCAGCACAGCACCGGAGACGUCCCGGCCAACAGCUGCUCGUCCAAGUCCCGAAUGGCUGUGCAGAUCCACGUCCCAGACAAAACAUUUGCAUUUGCUAUGUACUGUUUGGUUGUGUCUCACCGUUUGAACUACUGUUGUCUUUUUGUAUGUGAACACGUGACGCCACAUCCCCAUGGCCUCACUCUUACUAACUUCAAAUGUACAAUUACUGAGCUGUAGUGUUCCACUUUGAACGAAGACUUUUGAGGUUUUUAUGAAAUAAAAAAAAAGGUUGAUGUGGACUGUUUGGCGGGUGUGUAUGUUUUGUACAGCGUUUGAUGUUAAGUGUGCAGCUUUAUAGCAUAUAGCAGCUUUGUUUACAAGUGCUUUUAUGACGGCCUGCAUUGAAGAUGCUACUUGCUGUAAAUAUAAAUUACAUUUUCAGUCAAUUGCUCUAUGUUGUUGGGACUGGUUCUGGUAUGAAAUUUGCUUGGUUAACAUACACUACUCACAAAAAGUUAGGGAUAUUCAGCUUUUAUUCUGCAAUGUCACCAAAAAAAAGCAGAGUAUCCCUAACUUUUUGUGUGUGGUGUACACUGCAACCUCGGUUAGCGUCCGCACCAUUUAGCGUUUUUUUUUUGUUGUUGUUUUGGUUAACGUAACAAAACUGCCUCGGCCUCCGGUUCGUGUACAAUAUGGCGCGCCUCUUGUGUAAUUAAUACACUGCGUGUGUCAAACUGUUUUUAAUGUAUUUUUAUCACAAAACAUUCUUGUUAGCAUCUGUUAGCACAGAACUUUAAAGAGGACCAUCUACGCUUGUAUCCUAUGAUACAAUAGUGAUAACAGUUAGCAUACAGAAAUAUAGUGGUAACAAAUCAAUAUAUUCACUUUAUCAAGUGUAUGCCUGUGCUAGCAAGGGGGUGUGUAUUUAGCAUGCUAAUGUAUGUCUAACUAAUUUAACCUUUCGGGAACCGGAAGUUACGCCGCUUGUCGAUGAUGUCAUCAGCAGGUGACUCGAAAAUGUUAACACAAUUCACGUUUUUAUGCUUUUACAGUUAUAGCUUUACGUGCAUAAAACAAUUCAAAGUGCGUAUAAAUGGCGAAUGAACGGGAUAAAUGAACAUUUAAGGUGACUUUUACUCUCACUAAAGACGUGACUGUUCAAAGACACGAUGUGGCAGCGAGAUCGCCCACCACCACCUUCCUGUUUUCAGUCGCGUCAAGAAUCACCUCUUCAACAAAGGUAAAAGUAACCUUAAAUGUUCAUUUACCCCUUUCGUUCAUCAUUUAUAUGUCUUUGUAUGCAUUUGGAGUUGUUUACUGCAUGUAAAGCUAUAAAAACGUGUUUUGUGUUGGGAUUUUUGGCUUUCUGGAAGAGAUUAUUUAGAUUUACAUUAUUUCUCACAGGGAAAUUUAGUUCAGUUCGCGUCCAUCUUGGUUAGAGUCGGGCCUUCGGGAACAAAUUAAUGACGCUAACCAGGGUUUCACUGUAUAUUUAUUUUUUUUAAGUCCCUGUUUGCGCCUCAGUAAAUUGUCCUCAUGUAACUGGAAUUAUUCGGUAUUAUCUGCAUGAGGGUUUCUUGGAUUUUUUAAAACCCAAUUAAUAAUUGAGAAUCUACGAAAUGUGCAUUUUGAUGCAAUUGCAAAACAUUGAAGACUUAGAAUACGUUUAGAAUACAAAAAUAGGUCAUAUUUUUGUGUGCCUUCCUUGUGCCGAGCUCACUGCUGCAGCUUUGUCUGUCUGAUACAACACUGCUGUCUCUUUUUUUAGCUUUUAAAAGCAGAACUUGGAGGUGCAUAUAUGUUUUCCUUAUCACAGAGGGAUAAAGACCAUUAUUUUAUUAUCGCUAUUAAUUAUUUUUUACCUUUAUAGUGACCUGCAGAGGGGGAUAGAGAGCCGCUAGUCGUUCUACUUCUUUUGUUUUUAAUUAAAGUU